GCGAGUAAGUUAGUUACUUACCAUAACUAACUUAGUUAUGAUUAAGUUAAGUUAGAGUAUGUGCAAGGGGUUAAGAAGCAACGUCCGUGCUCCGCUACUUCAUCUGUACCUAAGUUAUCCGUAAUUUCAACGUCAACACUCAGCCUCGAGAGCUAUUAUCUUGCUAAUGAACCUCCAUCAAUUCCUUCGAUAAUCAAUGGACACCCACAGUUACGGCUGCUAUAACUCAAUAUGAGUGCUUUCCUCAUCGGUAGCAGACGAUCCGUGGAGCGUCGCGUCUUAUCAUUCCGCCAACCUUCGCAAUGUCUCCGUCCAUAUAUCCAGCCGCGGCUACGACCUGAGAGAUGCUUUUAUCCGCAUACACAGCAGUACUACACGAACUCCCCGAGUACCUUCAUGCGUACCAAGCUUCAUCACACCUAUCAACAUUUGCAAAGCCGCCAUGGUUCGACACAGAGUCCGACGCCACGAGCAGCCGGCUCGACAGAGCCGCCCCCGGUAUACUUUUCUAGGCCUUCGCCAGAGAAACCGAAAAGAGGAAGACGGGUGUUCUGGGCCAUGUUACGAUACGGAUUUUACAUCUCCAUGGCUUUGGUCGGGGCGGUGAAAGGAUACUUGGUAGUUGAGCCAUUCCAGGCAUCGGACUUUCGCCAUGGCUGGGAACGGGAGUUGUAUGGUUUGCAGGAGACGUACAUCAACUUUCACGCUAAUCGCAAAGGGUUCAGGCCUCGCGACCCCGUGUCCAACGAUUUGCUAUAUUUGGAAGACGUCGAUGCUUAUUAUAAGGCCUAUGUGGAAAAAAAGCUGAAUGAGGACAUGCUCCUGCGGUGGCUGACCUGGAAUAACCUACCCGAGGAGGAGGUUAAACAAAGACAUUCGGAGAUAUCCGCGGAACUGGCGCGAGGCAAUGCUCAGAAACAGGCAGGGUUGGUCGAGUUUAUACCGGACGAGGAAAUGCGACGCCAAGUAAACAUUCUGCAUAAAGAGCUGAGCAAGCAGCUUACUGCAGAACAAUACAGGGCCAUACUUGCGGGCCCUCGCGGCGUUGGCCCAUCGCGAAUGUUCUCUAGUAAAGGUCCUCAAUACGGACUAAGCUACACAAAACUUUUGUUCCUAGGAGAUCGAGUGUGUGGAUGGCCUGGAGUUGUGCAUGGAGGCGUCAUUGCCACACUCGCGCAGGAUUUCGCAGCGGUAAUCAUUCCUGACCAUCCCAAUAUUCCACACUCCUCUGCUCCGAAGACGGUGGAAGUGAACUACAAGAAAAUUGUACGUGCAGACUCGGCGUACGUCUGCAAAGCCCGACUAGUGGAAGCGCAAAUUCAGCCACCACCGAUUCGGGAUCCUCCCAGAUGGGUUGUCGAGUUCACCAUCGAGACGCUUAGCGGCCAGCUGUGUGCACACGCGCGGGUUACGUAUGAUAGAGAGAAUUUCAAGAAGAGCAUGCCCAUUUGGGCGCGAGUGCAACAGAACGAAAUUGCAAAGAUUUGUAAAGAAAAGAACCUCGACCGCAUCGAUAUACCGGAACGCUCCGAUGAUCCGGCUAUGGAGGAACUACCAGUGGCAGUGUGGGACUGGGUGUCAAUGCGAACGAGAUGAUUAUGCUCGUUUGGGGCCUUUUCUAAGUCUUUCACGAUUCUAUAUAUGAAACUCCAACACAUCCUCAACUUUGGAGUACCAUGAUUCCACCCGGAAGGAUCCCUCUAUCAGACGGCAGCACCAUCUCGAACGCCUCUCGAGAUUCCCAGAUCUCUGCAGAGUAAUACUCGGCAUGCAAUUCCUCCUUUGCCAGUUCUGGGUUCUCCAUAACCAACUUCUGAAACUCGUCCUUCGAGUUCAACUUCUUCGACUUCACUUCAAUCCACUCAUCCUCGUCCAUAUUCUUCUCCGGAUCACUAUUCAUCCUUUUGGCAACCGCUAUCAUGACCAUGCGCGCCCAG